GAUCAGAGAGCUGGAGCCGGAGACUGCAGCACAUCCUCAGCUGCUGCCCAACUGACAGCACCGAGCAGCGGACAGCCAGCCCCGGACAGCCUCCCGGUUUACAACGAGAAUCACAGACUGCCUCUUGGUCGGGAAUGGGGGGCACCUAGCCCACUAGCUGACUAACUAGAUUCCUCUAGAAGCGGUAAAGCCUUACGGUGGACCAUAAAGAUGGUUUCCUGGAUGAUUUCGAGGAUGGUUGUCCUUGCCUUCGGGACACUUUACCCAGCAUAUUCAUCAUACAAGGCUGUCAAAACGAAGAACGUGAAGGAAUAUGUGAAGUGGAUGAUGUACUGGAUAGUGUUUGCCUUGUUCACUACAGCAGAGACAGCCACAGAUCUGCUCCUGUCAUGGUUUCCAUUUUACUUUGAGCUAAAGAUUGCCUUUGUGAUCUGGCUCCUCUCUCCAUACACUAAAGGCUCCAGUGUGCUCUACCGCAAAUUUGUUCACCCAACGCUGUCCAACAAAGAGAAGGAGAUAGAUGAGUACAUAGCACAGACCAAAGCCCGGAGUUAUGACACCAUGAUGAAGUUUGGAAAGAGGGGUCUCAACCUCGCUGCUAAUGCUGCUGUCACCGCGGCCAGCAAGGGGCAGGGCGUGCUGUCGGACAAGCUACGGAGCUUCAGCAUGCAGGACCUGACUCUCAUCAAUGCUGAAGAUGAGCUGUCCCUGCACACUUCGGAUACCCGGAAGAGACGGGACACCAUGGACGAGAUGAGUUCAGGGGCCAGCACGCUGCCCCGGGCCAAGAGCACUGCUGCACGGCAGACCCGCUCCUUGGUGUCCGCGGCCCUUGCCGACGAUGCGUCAUCCCAACACAGCUCUGACCAAUCAGACACGCGGACCGAACACUCUGAUGAAGAUAUGGUAGACAAAGCCCCCAAACGCACCACCAGUGUCAAGACAACCAAGAAACCUGCUGCUAAGACAGAGACUCAAACCAAGACGGUGAAGAAGCCAGUCAAGAAAAAGACCACGACUAACAAUGCAGAGACGCCGCCAUGAGGCCUGAUCCAUCCAGCGCCUACACUGUCUCCACCCACAGCCUGCAGGCCCUUCUUCCUCCGUUUGGUCUCCACACAAACGCAUAUACAUUGUGUAUAUAUAUAUCAAGCACUGACAUUGUGUCACUUGCAAUUUUUGGAGCAAAGUGCAGGUACACUGUAUUUGGUCACCCUUGGGUUGUAAAGUUAUUUUAAAUUGGCUCGGUUGUUGCACAUUUUUUCCUCACGCUUUCCUUACUGUGAGCAGAUUCAACAGGCGGCCAUGUUUUUGGUCUGAUAAUGUUUAGGCAUUCAUAAAUAAAUGCUCUUUUUUUCUUUUACCCCUACACACAUCUGUCAGUCCCCAUAGAGCGUUAGUUGCCCAUGUUACAGUUUUAUUGAUUCACCUCCUGUUACCUCCUCUUAUUGUUUUCAAUAGAAGCUGAUCUUGGGUGAACUAUCUCCCGUAAAAUACUACAUUCUUUGCUCCUUCUUCUCUACAAUUGGCCCCCUUUUGUGUCUUCUAGGCUACUAAUGAAUGGGUUUAGUUUUAAAAAAAACAUAGGGUGCUUUCAAGUCUGUGUCCUCAUCUGCACUUGACAUGAUAGAAAUCCUGAGAUUUUGUUUUCAGUGCGCAAACGAUAUCAGCAGUUGGCUUUAAGUUUAUUGUGCCUGAGUUUUGUUUGUUUUUUAGCUGAGGAGAAGGAAGGUGGUUGAAACAUCCUAAUUACUGUUUCAGACGUAAAAGUUGGCACUUAUAACUACAGCUCUGCUCACCCCCCCAUGUCCUACCUUAUCCAACUGUCUGGCUUUACCGGAGGACUUUGAUCCAAACUGUUUUGGUUCUCUAUUUUAACUUAAUUUUAACUUCUUCGACCGCAUCUUGGGCCUCUCAGCUUGUGAUAGAGUUUAGCUUCCCUGCAGCGGCCUGUUUACGUCCUGAGUGAGUCUGACUCUGCUAAGUUAAGGUCUCGCUCUCAGCACCUUUCCUCCUCACUGCUUUAAUGUGACGUUCAUGCCAUGUACAGUACUGAUGAUGGAGUGGUUUGUUUAGUGUCGAAAGAGUUAUCCUGCAUAUAGACUCCACCCUGUUAUUUAACACACUUCUGUUCUUUUGGUCAUAAGGUAUUAGUAAAAAGUAUGUUUGGUUGUGCAUAGCCAAGCCUCCUAGGGUAAUACUGUAACCCCCAUUUUAAAUACAGUAGUCAUGUGAGCAACAUAUCUGCUUUCAUCACAGUAGAGGUGUAUUUAUUGUUUGUGUUCAACAUUAGAACGUCACAGAUUAGCUCUGCACUUUUUCCCUCCUUUAAGCUAGCUGCGUGGUGACACUCUGCCUCGUUGUAAUUUAUAUCGAAACCAGGAUCAAGCAAAGCAAUAUGGAAAUAACUGAACCAAAAUCAACACCUGGAGACGAGGAAUUUGUAUCUGAUCCCUGUGCUGUUGUUUGCAGAUGUGUCAGACCAGGCUCCAGGUGUUUCUUGACAUACUGGACUUUUGUUCUGUGGUGGGCUCUUCUGGUGGCCAUCCACUGCGUUUAUGGUGGUUUCUUCCGAGAGCUCUAAUGAGAGAUUUAAAAGCAUGAGACUACUUCUGCAUUCAGCACUGCUGUCUGCGGAGUGGCACUAGUUUGAACCAGUAGGGGGAGCCAAACCCCACCUCAACUGCUGGCAGAGUUAAUAAAUAGGAUGUAAACACAAUGUAAAUAAUAAUAAUCCUCACUGUAUAAACAGUAUAAGCUUGCUUGCCUUACUCAUUCUCUGGGCUUAAAAAUAUGUCAUGUUUGAAUCAUUUCUGUGCUUUUUUAAAAUUCUUGCUCUUGACAAAUGUUAUGUUUUGAAUCCUGAAGAAGCUGGAACUCCAGUGUGAACUUCUGGCGCUAGACGUCUUGAUUUUUCUAUUUUGAUUUUUGUUUAUUUAACAUGUAAUUUUAACUCCUCUUCAUCACAAAGUAGGAAAUAACAGACGGAGUUUAAACUGAUGUUUGCACAUAUCGUGCGAUGUACUCAGAAUGGUCAUUAAGUAUAUAGGACCAACAGUCUGUUUACAAUAAUCAAAAGACAUGAUUUCUAAUCAAGCCUUGGUUUUUAUGUUGUUUCCAUGCCAUUUCAGAAAUGUGUUAAGUUAUUUUCUCUGUUUUAAAUCAAUCCUGUAUAGAGGGAUGUUCAUUUGUAUAUGGUUUGUGCCAAUUCUUAAAGCUCCAUGUGAAAAAUAAUUGCAGUGUGUGCUGAGACAAUGGAAUCCAACAAGGUCAUGUAUCAGUAAUAAAACUACUAAUAAAGGAAAUCAAAUCAAA